CGCCUGAAAGCAGACAGAGACUUCACCAAAGAGGUCGACAAGGCCAUUCCCGAAGCUCAAGACCUGGCNAAAGGUAGCUCUGUCAGCAACGUACAAGGCGCCAUCGAGAAGCUCCUCGCCCUAGAGAAGCAGACCAGACAAGCGUCGGACCUCCCUUCCACAUCCAGACUCGUUGUCUCCAUCGUUACGAUAUGCAAAGAAGCCAAAGACUGGCCGCUGCUGAACGAGCAGGUCCAGCUUCUGUCCAAGAAGCAUGGUCAACUCAAACAGGCCAUCACCAAGAUGGUCCAGGUUUCCAUGGAAUUCAUUGACGACACCCCCAACGUCGACACCAAGCUGUCCCUGAUCGAGACUCUCCGCACUGUUACCGAGGGAAAGAUCUUUGUCGAAGUCGAGAGAGCCAGAGUCACUCGCAUCCUGUCCAACAUCAAGAAGAGCCAAGGAGAUAUCACUGCCGCCACCGACAUUCUGUGCGAGCUGCAGGUCGAGACUUUUGGUUCCAUGACCCGCCGCGAAAAGACAGAGUUCAUCCUGGAGCAAGUUGCACUCUGCAUCGAGAAGGGCGAUUGGACACAAGCAAGCAUUUUGAGCCGCAAGAUCAGCACUCGCUACUUUGCCCGUAAGCCCAAGAAGACAGCCGAGCAGUUGGAGAAGGAGCGCAAGGAGCGUGAAGAGGAGGAGAAGAAGCGUGGCCCCGACGACGCACCGGUCGAGCCCGAAGACGAUGUCACAGAUCUGAAGCUGCGCUAUUACGAGCAGCAAAUUACCCUGGCCAAGCAUGACGACAAGUACCUCGACGCCUGCAAGCACUACCGUCAAGUUCUGGAUACCGAGGCCGUCGAGAACAACCCUGAGCAACUAAGAGCUGCUCUGCAACGCAUUGUCUUCUUCAUCAUCCUCGCCCCUUACGACAACGAGCAGUCAGAUCUCCUUCACAGAAUUCACCGCGACUCUCGCAACUCACAAAUCUCACACGACGCCGCCCUCCUAAACCUCUUCACCGUUCCCGAGCUCAUGCGCUGGCCCGCUGUCGCCGAGAACUACGGGCCCCAUCUGUGCAAGACCGAUAUCUUUGAUGCUACCGAGAACACUGCCGACCCCAAGGCCCACAAGCGCUGGCAGGACCUUCGCAAGCGUGUAAUUGAGCACAACGUCAGAGUCAUUGCCAAGUACUACACCAGAGUCCACUUCAAGCGUCUGACAGAACUGCUCGACCUUAGCGAGGAAGAGACGGAGAAGUACAUCAGUGAUCUUGUCGUGAGCAAGACCAUCUACGCCAAGAUCGACCGUCCCGCCAGGCUCGUCAGCUUCGAGAAGAGGCGCGACGCAGACGAGGUGCUCAACGAGUGGUCAGGCAACAUGAAGAGUCUGCUCGGCCAUCUCGAAAGAAUUGACCAUCUCAUCACCAAGGAGGAGAUGAUGGCCAGAAUCCAGCCCACCAACAAGGGCGAGAAGGCACUGAGCAAGGUUCGG